AUGCAACUCACCAACAUCCUCGUUUUCCUCACCGCCGCUUUGUCGGUUGCCGCUCUCCCAUACCCAGAAGACGGCGAAAAGGCCACUGCUGUCCGCCCAGCGCGCCCAACGGGCUCCGGUCACGUUCGUGGCGCAUGGAAGGGUAAGGAAGGCUGGAAGAAGGGUGAGAAGCCAGCCGGUACCUGGGUCCGAGGACCACGCCCAUCUGGCGUAUCAAAAGACGGCAAGGGACCAUGGGCCGGCAAGCGCCCACCACCAAAGGACGGAAAGAGGCCAGAGAGGAAGAAGCCAGCGGCGAAGACUGAGGAGAAGACUGAGGAGAAGGCCGAGGAAAAGGCUGAAGAAAAGGCCGAAGAGAAGGCCGAGGAGAAGGCCGAAGAGAAGACCGAAGAAACGACCGAGGAGAAGACCGAGGAUGCCGCUGCAGAGUAA